ACGUAGCUGCUGAAAUCGGGCAAUAUCAAAGCUGCAUUACCUUCACUGGGAAUGCAAGGUUUGCUCCAGUUACAGGGCUUCUCUUUGAUUUAAGAAAAGCCACUGGUAAAAGAUAAGGAGGAGUGAGGGAAGAAAAAUGGCGUUCUGGAUGCUGUUGCAGGUGGCAGCCAUGCCAGUGUUAAGGUUCCUGUUAAUCAGUGGUUUGGGAGCUUUUCUCGCAACUUCAUACGUUUCUGUGCUCACUGCAGAAGCCCGCCAUCAUAUUAAUAAGAUUGUGUUUAUUGUGUUUACACCAGCUCUUAUGUUUGCAAGCUUGGCAAAAUCAGUGACGUUUGAUGAUAUAAUUUCUUGGUGGUACAUGCCUGUUAAUAUUCUUCUUACCUUUUUGAUUGGAGGACUUUUAGGAUGGAUUGUUGUGAAGCUUACAAGAACCCCGAGACAUUUAAGUGGUCUUGUUGUGGGGAACUGUUGUUCAGGAAACCUGGGGAAUCUGCUUCUCAUUAUUGUUCCUGCACUUUGUGAGCAAAAUGGAAGUCCUUUUGGUGAUGUUGAUGUUUGCAUGGAUUAUGGAAUUGCUUAUGCAUCUUUUUCUAUGGCGAUUGGUGCCAUCUAUAUUUGGUCUAUCACCUACAAUAUUGUGAGGUCGACAUCAAUUCAGAUGGAUGAACAUGAUGGGGAAACUGAGCCUGGAGUGUAUAAAAAGAUCCUGCAUAAAGAAUCCUCAAAUACUGGAUUACAAUCUAGUCUCUUACAAGCAGUCCAUACUGAAGUUCCAAGUUAUGCAGAAGAGAUUGGGAAUAAGUUUCCAUCAGAUUCAGAUUUUUCUAAAGAAGUUGGGAAGGUCAAUUUUUUUCAACACCAUUUAAAGAAACUUACAAAUGGGCUUCACCUUACAGAGAUCAUGGCACCUCCAACAAUUGGAGCGAUUAUGGGAUUUAUUGUUGGAGCAAUUCCACAGACAAAAAGAUUAUUUGUUGGCCAGGGUGCUCCUCUUCAAGUCAUCCAAGGAUCUAUCGCUUUAUUAGGAGAUGGAACAAUACCAAGUAUUACUCUUCUACUUGGAGGAAAUUUAACCAAAGGGCUACAAUCUGCAACUGUAAAACCUUCAAUUAUUAUAGGGAUCAUCCUUGUGAGAUUUUUGAUGCUGCCAUUGGUUGGACUAGGUGUAGUCAAAGCUGCGAUCUACUUUGGGGCGGUGCCAGCAGAUCCAUUGUAUCGAUUCAUCUUGUUGAUACAAUUUGCACUGCCACCUGCCAUGAACCUCGGAACAAUGACACAGUUGUUUGGAGUCGGUGAAAGUGAGUGCUCAGUCAUUUUUUUAUGGACCUAUUUAUUGGCAGCAGUAGCGAUCACUAUAUGGUCCACGUUCUAUAUGUGGCUUUUAAUCUGAAUUGGGUACUAUCCGUUUAGAUACGCAGUGUAUUUUUUGCAGUUGAAUCCUGAUAAAACAACAUGAAUCAGAUUCAUGUUUACCGACAUUCAGCACGGGGUUCAGCUUAUUAGAAUUUACCAUAUGAUUUUGGUUGUAUUUUUAUAUGAUUUUGGUUCUCUUUUGGUGCUUCAUGAGCGCAUCUGACAGCUCACAUGCCCCUGAGGAGCUAAGUUGUAUAUUAUUAUCAAUAUCGAGCUAAAUUAAUAACUUGAAAAUGUAUGUUUCCUAUUUAUUUAUACGAGUUGAUGCAGUUUAUUGCGAGGACUCUGGAUUGAUAUGUACCCAGAAUUAAAUAGAUCGGUAUUCUUUAA